AACUUGGAAAUAGGUGCUUCGACUUCAUCAACACCGAAAUCACCACCUCAACAUAAUUAUGAAUUAGAUAAUAAUACGGCAUCACAAUUAUUGAAUGAUAUGCUUUCUUCUCAAAGUUCAGCUUUAGAUCAUGGAACAAAUGAAGGUAAUGUUAGUCUGGAUGACAAUAAUACAUUGGAUUAUACAAGAACAAGAGAAUUAAGCGUUAGUGAAUCAAGUGAUGAUGGAGCUGAAGGGAUUUACGAUAGUGACGAGAUAAACAGCAUUGAAUCUGUUGGUAAUAUUAUCACCGAUGAGUCUUCAUAUUUGGGUAGUUCGUUUAAUUCUUCUGAUUCUGAAGAAAUGAAACAGGAAAUAGAUGAUGUUGUUAAAGAAGAUAAGAAAGGAUCUCGUGUCACAAGAAGAGGCAGAGAACACAAACGAGGCAACAAUGAAGUUAUCCAAGACACAAAAGUGAAAGAAGUGGAGAAAAGGACAAAAGUUCGAGGACGGGGUCGGGUCUUGUUAAGUGCUACUGGUAUUCAAAGUCAAAAAAAAGCUGCCGGCGGCCCGAAAGAUAAAGCAAAACAACCAGUAAAGCAACCAGACAAUGCAAAAGCUCCAGCAAAAAAUGCCAAAGCUGCAAAGGAGAAUGCCGAAGUAAAGACACCUAAAAGUGGUAGUAAAUUUAUUCCAUAUUCCACAACUCCAAAUACUGGACCCGGUUCUUUAGACUUUUAUUAUUUAUAUUGGAAUGUCUCUUACACCGCCGGGGAAAGUUUACCUAUAAAUAUUAUUGUAAAUCCAAAAACAAUACCUCCUGCAGAAGUUUCUUUAACGUUAUUUGAUGAAUACAAUAAAAUUAAAUUGACUGAUAUUGCCAGUAAAGUAGCACUUAAAGCUCCCCAAGAAGGAGUUCCUUUCGCCGUUUAUACUUGGACAGUUGCAAAUAAGUUGCCGGCGGAAUUUGAUUUUAAAUCCGGUCACUUUACUUUACAGAUGUCUUAUCUUGAAGGUGGAAACACCAUGACAAAAGAUAGGCGCAUUAAACUUAAUAACGUAGCUGCUAAUCCUGGUGGUGCUCCUAAUCCGGCCACUGUAAAACAUUUAAAGGAUGAAAAGGAUGAAAAGGAUGCUAAUCCGGGCAACAAAAAAGAUGCUCCUUAUGGUUCCACUAAAUCCUCCGAUUCCUCCAAAAAUUCAAAAGAUAAUAACCAAUCAUCCACUUCCUCCGCCUACAAAAUUUCCAUUUCCAUCUUUUCUGUCGCAACCUUAAUGAUAUUACAAUUUAUCACCGUUUCAUUGUAA